UCUUUUAGGGUUUUUUUUUUUUUUGUCUCUGCAGCUUGUUCUUUCUCUCUCUCUCUCUCUCUACUCUCAUCAAUGGCGCAGGAGAAUCAGAACGGUGCCUCCAAGGCAGCUGCUGCUGUGACCUUCACUGCUGUGAAGCCACAGCUGUUCGUGGAAGCUCCGAAGGCUACGGACGCCGUACAGUUCUACAAGGCUGCGUUUGGUGCUGAGGAGGUGAACCGUACAAUGCAUCCCAAGAGGAAGGCUGAUCAAGAGCUCCCUCUCAUCCUCUCUGCUGAAGUUAAGAUCGGUUCCUACUCGCUUCUCGUUUCUGACCUCGCCGAUGACUCAGAUGCUCUGGCCAAGACUGUUGGAACCGGUUGCACGAUCUGCCUGGAGACCGAUGAGGUGGAAGCUGCCGUAGUCAAGGCCGUCGCCGCCGGAGCAACCAACGAGUGCGCCACCGCCGACGGCGAGAGCGCGUGCUGCGGUGGGCGCGUGGCUAAGCUGAAGGACCCCUACGGCUUCGUCUGGCUGAUAUGCUCGCCUGCGAAGAAGCCAGUUGACGUGGUAGCCUAGAGGCCGUCGGAUCUCUAUCCGUCCCCUGAAUUUACUUUUCAACGUUGUCUUUUUUGUCUCUGCUUUGCUGGUACUGUGGACCCCUCAAUAUCAUAUAAAAAAAUUUCGUAGGUUAGGGCUUCGUAAUUAGACACGGUUAUGGUGGUGUGGGUCUUACGAGAUUUUGAAAUUAUUUUCAGUAUCGGGACCUACAGUUUGACACUUUAUUAGACUUUAUUACCACUUUACCCUCCUAUUAUUCAUGUUAUCACUUAAAUUCUAACUCCAGAUUAUGGCUUUAAUCGUAAUUUCAUUUUGUGUUACCAAA